AAACACUGAUUUAGCCAAGAGCCGCUGCGGGGAGGAGGCUGCGUGCCUCUCCCUUCCUGCUUUCUCAACAAACUUCGGAGUGAAAUUUAAACCACAGAGCGGUCAGUAGUGGCGAACACAGAGAACCCACGGGACCUGCUGAAUACUGACGGAGCUGCUCGUUUUCCGUUCCCAUUAAUCCGGUUUGAGGACAGUGGACUGAGCCCCGGACUCGCGGGUUCUCCUGCACAGUACCAUGGGCAGCGGCUCGGUUUGGAGAUAACACAGAUUCUGACUGGCAACAGCUAUGAGACCCCAAUGGACAUGGUUCCCUUGGGCGCACUGCCAGGAGAGCACCCCCCCUGAUCCGGACCAGGACAGGGAGAAGAUCUGGGCAGAGCUGUUUGAGGAGCUGGACGUCAACAAAGAUGGACACAUCGACCUCCUUGAACUGCGGACAGGACUGGCAGGCAGGGGACUUUCCAAACGCUCCGUGGAAAGGAUUGUAAAAGCUGGGGACACCAACCAGGAUGGAGUACUGGAUUUUGAAGAGUUCACGCAGUAUCUCCGAGCCCAUGAAAAAGAUCUCAAAUUCAUGUUCAGGAAUCUGGACAAGAACAAUGACGGUGAGAUUGAUGCAGCGGAGAUCCAGCAGUCUCUUCGCACCGUUGGUGUGGAAAUCAGCCUCAAGAAUGCCUCCAGGAUUCUGCAAAGAAUGGACAAAGACGGUACCAUGACCAUUGACUGGAAUGAGUGGCGGGACUUCUUCCUGUUCAAGCCCCUCACCAACAUGGAGGACGUAGCACGCUACUGGAAACGUUCAAUGAUGUUGGAUAUAGGAGAGCAGCUGACAGUUCCUGAUGAAUUUACUGAAGAGGAGAAGAAGUCUGGCUAUGUGUGGCGGCAGCUGAUGGCCGGAGGCAUUGCCGGAUGUGUAUCUCGGACCGGGACGGCCCCUUUAGACCGCAUCAAAGUCUUCCGACAGGUGAAUGGUUUCAUUGAAUUUAAAGGGAAUGUGCUGAGCAGUUUUCAGUACAUGAUCAAAGAAGGAGGACUGCGGUCGCUGUGGAGGGGCAAUGGAAUCAACGUGCUAAAGAUUGCUCCAGAAACUGCUAUCAAGUUCACAGCUUAUGAACAGAUCAAGAAAAUGAUCCGUAGCAGAAAUGAAUCAAGAACUCUGAGGCUUCAUGAGAGGUUUGUUGCCGGCUCUUUGGCCGGAGCUACCGCUCAGACAGCCAUCUACCCAAUGGAGGUGCUGAAGACCCGUCUAACACUAGGAAAGACAGGCCAAUACUCAGGAAUAGCAGACUGUGCCAAACACAUCCUACAGAGAGAAGGUGUAGCAGCUUUGUACAAGGGCUAUGUACCCAACCUGCUGAGUAUCGUCCCUUACGCCGGCAUCGACCUGGCUGUCUAUGAGACUCUGAAGUUUGCCUGGCUGAACAGGAACCAGGGUUUAGCUGACCCCGGGGUCAUGGUGCUGGUCGGCUGCGGUGCCGUUUCUAGCACCUGUGGACAGCUAGCAAGUUACCCUCUGGCAUUGAUCCGCACUCGAAUGCAGGCACAAGCUUCAUUGAAGGGAGCCGAUAAACCCUCCAUGGUGGCCUUGCUUCAAAACAUUGUGACCCAAGAGGGAGUGGCAGGACUUUAUCGUGGAAUUUCCCCCAACCUCCUGAAAGUCAUCCCUGCUGUCACCGUGUCCUACGUCGUCUACGAAUACACAAGAAUAAUGCUGGGAGUGGACAUUGAGGGUAUGAUGGGGGGGAAAGGGAAGGGGUAGGAAAGGUUUUAGAUGGUUUGGGGUGGCUUUCGACAAAAGCACGUACAGAUCUGUUGGCUAUGCAUGAGGAAAUUGGCCUUGGCUAUGGAUGGAUUCAUGCUCCUAUGACCUAUGAUGAUAUGAAAGAUAAACCAUUAAAGGAAAAGAGAAAAAACACAGAUUGGACCGCCCCCAAACUGGCAGCUGCUGUGACGAGUUUCACGUGUGAUGUAUUGCGUUGCAGCGCAUGCCAGAAGUGGUGUGAAUGCUAAUCAACUCAUGCUACUGCAUUGACAGAUGAAGACUUGCAUGAACUUGCCUGAGAUCAAACCGGUACCGAAUUUGGAAGUCAUGUUACAUUCCUACAGCAUUGUUUUUUCCCUCUUAGGUAGUAGAUAGAGAAUAUACUGGAUUGCUAGGAGGACUGAUUCAUCUUCCUCUUCUGUAAGCGAGGGAAACCUGAAGUUGCCGCUCAUUGGUGGAGUUAAAGAGUCCGGACUUUGAUUGAAACGUCUUAAACAAAUGUUACAAAUACUACAGAUGUGGUGUAAAACAACAACAAAAAUGACUGAUCCUAACUCUUGAAUUACAACUGAAAAAGUCGAUCUUCUCUUUCCUGGAAGGAUUACUACUGAACAAAAGCACAACAGAGGACAUUAUAUUCUACUGGAGUGGAGCUUCCAAAGCCAUAUCAAGAAGCGUAGAGGAUUCAUAAUAACCUCUCAUGCAAAUGCUCAUGUUUUAUAAAUGUUUCUUUGUUUGAAACACACAACGGGGUCCAGUGCCACAAAGUAUUUUUAAAAACUAUAAUGUAUACGCACAAUGUGCAGGUUUAACACCAUGACAACGAGUUUGCUUUGUAUGUAUCGUGAAACAUAAGGUUGAGAAUGAAAUGUAAAGCCAAUGAAUUUUUGAUACGUUUCAUUAUUUAUUAUGGAAAGUGGCAAUAAAUGCAUGCAUGGUGCUUCUGAUGUUUAAUAAAUGCCUCUGAGCUUUAUCUGAAGAACUGAAAUGAAGUGAUAGCUG